AUGUUUAUUGCAUUUUCAACUUUGAACGAUUUCUUCUUCUUCUUCAUCCGACGACCGACGAACGAACGAAACUCGCCUCAAAAUCAGCAACAGUUUAAUCAUCGAAAUCAGAUACUUCUUCUUCUUCAUCACCUCUCUACUUACUUAAACCUAAAUCUCUCCUUCUUCAUCCCUUCAAGAAACAUGCAUCAAGGAAAUGGAAUCAAUCCGAUAUUUCCCUUCCUACUUGAUGAAAACGGUUUGCCCUAUAAUACCGAUGGAUCGACUCAGUUGCAACCGUUCCAAGCAGUAGCUCCUGUUAAUUACAACACUGAUGGUUACAACUUCAAUGUGAAUAAUUCUACAAUACAAAUACCAGAAUUUAACUCAUGGCAGCAGCAGCAGCAGCAGCAAAAUCUUCCAACAUCUAUGAUUAUGAAUACAGAUCAUAUGUCAAUGGGAUCGGGACUCAACACUCGUAGUAGUAAUAAUAAUUCUAUUGGGAAUGACUGUGGAACCAUAAAAGCUCCUCAACCUCAUUUAUUCUUUAUCAAUGAUGCAAUGAAAAGGGUGUUUGAUAGACAUAGUGAAGAAGUAGACAACUAUAUCAGAACUCAGGCAGCAGAUUUGAAGAAUAAUAUAAACCAGUUAUUACAGAAACAAAAAGUUUCGGUUCUCAGUAGUAUGAAGAUAGGAGUUUUGCAGAGGUUACAAGCGAAAGAAGUUGAAAUGAUGAACAUGAAUCAGAAGAACAAGGUGUUAGAAGAGAGAAUUAAGCAAUUAACAAAUGAAACUGAGUCUUGGCAGACUAGAGCUAAACAUAACGAGUCACUCUUCUACGCGAUGAAAAGUCAAUUAGAACAGUGUUUCAUAUAUAAUGAUCAUUUGCAAGGAAAAGAAGGUAAUGGGGAUAACAACAAAGUGGAUGAUGCAUCCUCUUCGAACUAUCAUCAUCAUUCGAAUUAUUGUAGAAGUUGUGGAUUUGGAGAUAUCUCUGUCUUGCUAUUGCCUUGUAGGCAUUUAUGUCUUUGCGAAAAAUGUGAUGUGAUCGUUGACGUUUGCCCUGUUUGUCUGGUAACGAAAAACACAAGUUUGAAAGUGUUGGCGCCUUGA